AUGCCCACUAAACCGAAGCAAUUUUACACUUACUACCAACGUAAGACCGCUCACACUUCGGAACAACGCUUCCUCGGUCCCGCCCUAAAGACAAAGACCAACGCCAUCUUCACCGGCGACCCCGUUAUCAGAUGCAAUAACCUAUUCACCAACAAAUGUUUCAUUUCAUGGAGGGACUAUACGAUCAUGGUCUUGAUCGUAGGAGGUCAAAUGCUAAAAUUUAGUACGGUCCUCGUCACCAUCAUUUCCAGUUUUAGUGGCGAAAGAGGCUUUGUCAAUAUAAACGAAGCUGAAAUCGAGAUGCUGAACACAUUUAGCACGCGAGUCGGAGAGUCAGAGAACACACAUACACUCCUAGAAACUAGGUGA